AUGAUCAAAAUUGACUUGAGGAAAGCAUAUGAUACUGUUGAUUGGAGUUUCAUUGAAGAGAUGCUCAAAGCCUUUGGUUUUCCUCAAAGGUUCACUGAACUGGUUUUGACUUGCAUACGAACUCCCAAAUUUUCAUUACUUCUUAAUGGAUCUCUUCAUGGAUUCUUUGCAGCAAGGAGAGGUCUUCGACAAGGGGAUCCUAUCUCCCCCUUGUUGUUUGUUCUUGGUAUGGAGUACUUGUCUAGGAUCUUGACUAAGGUAGGGACAUGGCCAGGCUUCAAAUAUCAUGAUAGAUGUACCACGCUAAAGUUGAAUAAUUUGUGCUUUGCGGAUGACCUCUUGCUUUUUUGUAAUGGAGACUAUAUUUCAAUCAUUUUGAUGUUGAGAGGUUUGAAAUUAUUCUCUAAUAAUUCAAGUUUAUUUCCCAAUGCAUCUAAGUCUGCGGUCUACUGCCAUGGCAUACCUGAACCAGAAGUGGAUCGGGUUCUUGACAUAUCUAGAUUUACUCGCAGCUAUCUUCCCUUCAGGUAUCUCGGUAUCCCAAUUUGUUCUAAGAAAAUUUCUGCUACUGAAUGUACAAGUAUUCUUGAGAAAAUGACUGGCAGAAUUCGGUUAUGGAGUACCAGGAACCUCUCUUACAUGGGGAGAGUUACAUUGAUUAACUCAGUAUUAAUUUCAAUACAUUCUUACUGGGCACAGAUCAUGAUUUUACCAAAAAAAUUUCUUAGAGAUGUUGAAGCACUCUGUGGCUUAGGCUUUAGACGAAUUCUUGAUUGGAAUGAGGCUGCCAUAGGGAAAUAUAUUUGGGAUAUUGCCAAGAAAAAAGAUAACCUAUUUGUCAAAUGGAUAAAUAGUGUUUAUUUAGUGAACAGAAACUGGUGGGAUUAUGCUAGUCCUCUGGAUUGCAGCUGGUAUUGGAAAUGUAUAGUUGCUGUGAAAGAAAGAUUCAAAGACAAAGUUUCGCUUGGAUCCUUUUUAUCUCAGAAUUAUAGCAUCAAAAAUGGUUUAGAGCUGCUGUGUGUUCCUGAAAGUAAAGUAUCUUGGAACAAGUUUGUUUGGGAUAGACUUAUUACUCCUAAACAUAGAUUUAUCAUGUGGUUAGUCAUGUGGGAGAGAUUGCAUACAAAGAAUCAUAUUAUUAAAUACAAUCCAUCUCUUGAUCCGACCUGUCUACUUUGUGGGGAAGAAAAUGAAAGCAUAGAGCAUCUUUUCUUCAAGUGUUUAUAUAGUAGAAAAUGUCUCAUUGCCAUUAAAAACUGGCUCAACUGGAAUGCACAGCCAAUUAACCUGGUUAGUUUGCUGAAAUGGAUUUUCCAUGCUAAGUUCUCGAGAAUAUACAAGAGCAUGCUGCUUUCCAUCCUUGCCACUACUGUUUAUAAUAUUUGGAGGGUAAGGAAUGAUGUUCUAUGGAACCAGAAACUUUGGCACAUCAAUCACACAGUGAGUAUGAUUCAAAAUGAGUGUAAAUUGCGAUUAAUUAGUGUAUUACCAUGUAAAGCUUCAAGUAAAGAUAGAGAGUUUCUGUGUAGCUUGAAUGUUGUACAGGGGAUUGAUUGUAUAGGAGCUAAGUGUUUUUCUUAG